GGAGCUGAUGACAACACUAUAGGGGAUGGCUGCUCUCAGAAGCUGGUGAUGGCCAACCUUCUCCGUUUCCUGUUGCUGGUCCUGAUUCCAUGCCUCUGUGCUCUCCUCCUGGUGAUCCUGCUGUCCUUUGUUGGAACAUUAAAAAAGACCUAUUUUAAAUCAAAUGGGAGUGAACCUUUGGUCACUGACGGUGAAGUCCAAGGGUCUGACGUUAUUCUUACAAAUACGAUCUACAGCGAGAGCACUGUGGCGUCCACUGCACGUCCCAGCCAGCACAUGCCAGCCUGGGCCACAGAUGCUUCUGUCCCAGGGGACCAGGGUCACAGGAAUACAAGUGCCUGCAUGAACAUCACCCACAGCCAAUGUCAGAUGUUGCCCUACCACAUCACAUCAGCACCACUUUUCUCAAUUGUCAAAAACAUGGAAAUGGAGAAGUUCCUCAAGUUCUUCACGUACCUCCACCGCCUCAGUUGCUAUCAACAUAUCAUGCUAUUUGGCUGCAGCCUGGCUUUCCCUGAGUGCAUCAUUGAUGGUGAUGACAGGCAUGAACUCCUGCCCUGUAGGUCCUUCUGUGAGGCAGCCAAAGAAGGCUGUGAGUCAAUCCUGGGGAUGGUGAAUUACAGCUGGCCCGAUUUCCUCAGAUGCUCCCAGUUUAGAAACCAAACUGAAAGCAGCAACGCCAGCAGAAUUUGCUUCUCGCCACAGCAGGAAAAUGGAAAGCAAAUGCUCUGUGGAGGGGGUGACAGCUUUCUGUGUGCCAGCGGGCUCUGCGUCCCCAGGAAACUGCAGUGCAACGGCUACAAUGACUGUGACGACUGGAGCGAUGAGGCUCGUUGCAACUGCAGUGAGAAUCUGUUUCAGUGUCACACAGGCAAGUGCCUUAAUCCCAGCCUCGUGUGUGACGGAUAUGACGACUGUGGGGACCUGAGCGACGAGCAAAACUGUGAUUGCAAUCCCACGAAGGAACACCGCUGCGGGGACGGGCGCUGCAUCGCCGUGGAAUGGGUCUGUGACGGUGACCAUGACUGUGUGGAUAAGUCCGACGAGGUCAACUGCUCCUGUCACAGCCAGGGGCUGGUGGAAUGCAGGAACGGACAGUGUAUCCCCAGCACUUUCCUGUGUGACGGAGACGAGGACUGUAAGGAUGGGAGUGACGAGGACAACUGCAGUGACAGUCAGACCCCAUGUCGGGAAGGAGACCAAAGAUGCCCCCACGGUUCCUGCCUUGAUUCCUGCGGUGGGAGCUCUCUCUGUGACCCGAGCAGCAGUCCGAAUAACUGUAGUCAGUGUGAACCAAUUACUCUGGAACUCUGCAUGAACUUGCCCUACAACUAUACAAGUUACCCCAAUUACCUUGGACACAGGACUCAAAAGGAAGCCUCCAUCAGCUGGGAGUCCUCUCUCUUCCCUGCACUCGUUCAAACCAACUGUUACAAGUUCCUCAUGUUCUUCGCUUGCACCGUUUUGGUGCCAAAGUGUGAUGUGAACACAGGCCAACGUAUCCCCCCUUGCAGAGCACUGUGUGAGCACUCUAAAGAACGCUGCGAGUCUGUUCUUGGGAUCGUGGGCCUGCAGUGGCCUGAAGACACAGAUUGCAAUCAAUUUCCGGAGGAAAAUUCAGACAAUCAAACCUGCCUGAUGCCUGAUGAAUAUGUGGAAGAAUGUUCACCCAGUCACUUCAAGUGCCGCUCCGGACGGUGUGUUCUGGCUUCCAGGAGAUGUGAUGGCCAGGCUGACUGUGACGAUGACAGCGAUGAAGAAAACUGCGGUUGUGAAGAGAGAGAUCUUUGGGAAUGUCCAUCCAAUAAACAAUGUCUGAAGCACACAGUGAUCUGUGAUGGGUUCCCAGACUGUCCUGAUAACAUGGAUGAAAAAAACUGCUCAUUUUGCCAAGACGACGAACUGGAAUGUGCAAACCACGCGUGCGUGUCGCGGGACCUGUGGUGCGACGGAGUGGCGGACUGCCCAGACAGCUCGGACGAGUGGGACUGCGUGACGCUUUCCACAACUUCAAACUCCUCUUCCUUCCUGACUGUUCACAGAGCUGCCACGGAAUACCACGUGUGUGCGGAUGGCUGGCAGGAGACGUUGAGUCAGCUGGCCUGCAAGCAGAUGGGUUUAGGAGAACCAUCUGUGACCGAAUGGAUACCGGAGCAGGAGAAAGACCAGCGGUGGCUGACGUUACGCUCCAGCUGGGAGAGCCUCGCUGCGACCACUUUGCAUGAGCUGCUGGUAAACUGGCAGUCUUGUCAGAGCAGAAGUAAGAUUUCUCUUCUGUGUAAUAAACAAGACUGUGGGCGCCGCCCUGCUGCCCGAAUGAACAAGAGGAUCCUCGGGGGUCGAACGAGCCGUCCCGGACGGUGGCCGUGGCAGUGCUCCCUGCAGAGCGAACCCAGCGGACACAUUUGUGGCUGCGUCCUCAUCGCCAAGAGAUGGGUUCUGACGGUUGCUCACUGCUUCGAGGGGAGAGAGAACGCUGCCGUCUGGAAAGUGGUCCUUGGCAUCAACAAUCUAGACCACCCGUCAACGUUCAUGCAGACGCGCUUCGUGAAGACCAUCAUCCUGCAUCCUCGCUACAGCUGGGCGGUGGUGGACUACGACAUCAGCAUCGUCGAGUUAAACGAAGACAUCAACGAGACAAGCUACGUCCGGCCGGUCUGCUUACCCAGCCCUGGGCAGUGGCUGGAGGCCGACACCUACUGCUACAUCACGGGCUGGGGCCACAUGGGCAACAAAAUGCCUUUUAAGCUGCAGGAGGGAGAGGUCCGCAUUAUUUCCCUGGAGCAGUGUCGGGCCUACUUUGACAUGAAGACCAUCACCACGCGGAUGAUAUGUGCCGGCUAUGAGUCCGGCACGGUCGACUCCUGCAUGGGUGACAGUGGUGGGCCUCUUGUUUGUGAGCGGCCCACAGGACAGUGGACAUUGUUUGGUUUAACCUCGUGGGGCUCCAUCUGCUUUUCCAAAGUCCUGGGGCCUGGCGUUUAUAGCAACGUGUCCUACUUCGUCGAAUGGAUUCAAAGACAAAUAUACAUACAGACCUUUCUCCUGAACUAACUCCAAGGAUGAUCAGAGAUUCUGCCAGCUACACUCAAAGAAAAUGGCCUUCUUGACUGUGAAGAGCUUCCUGCAGAGAGCUGUAAAGAAGCACUUUUCAUGGGCAAGGAAUGCUGACCACUGCACUGCAAGUUUGCAUGUUUGUUUUGGGCUAAAUUUUUUCAACUUUAUUUUUCUCUCAUUUCAAGUUCAGUGAAAGACUUUAAAAAAAAAACUAAGCAAAGCAGACUUUGUUCUUUUGCCAAAACUAACCUUGAUUGCAGCACAAAAUUAUCAACUCUGGAGAAAUUUAAAAUAAUGCGGGCGCUAGAGAGACCUGUUACAGGAAUCUUCCCUUUUAUCCUAUCACAAAAAGGACACUGAGAUCCAGGCCAACUGAUUAAUCUUUGCAAGUUUUUGUUUCUCAAGCACAG